AUGUACAUAAAUACAGAACCCUUAAAAAUAUAUUGCCUAAUAGUGAAAGCACAUUCAUGAUCUUCAGAUUUGACAUCUUACUGAUAAAGUAUCGAUACCAUAUUUGUUAUCAGCACUCAAUCCUUAUCACUUAAAGCGCAUAUGAUGAUCAGCAUUCAAUAAUUUUUCGACAGUAUCGGUCGUAUUCUUCAACCACAAUGUUGUCUCGCUCAGGUUUAUAUGUGACUUUAAUUACUUUGUUGGCAACUGGAAUAAAUUGCCAAAGGGUAGCUAUAGCUCAUUUGGUUGCUAAUGAGAUAUCCGGGAGUAUAACGUUUACGGAGACCGAUGACGGUCUCCGAGUAACGGGCAGCAUCACGGGACUGCCGGCGGGCGAGUACGGCUUUCACAUUCACGAGCUGGGUGACGUGACGACAUGCCUUACUACUGGAGCACACUUCAACCCUGACGGAGUAAAUCACGGUGGGAGAGACCACGACGUGAGACACGUCGGAGACUUCGGGAACGUGCAGUUUGUGGACGCGAACAGAAACGGUGUAGCGACUGUUGAUUUCACAGACCAUGUGGCUACGCUGCGGGGUCGCAAUAACAUCCUCGGACGCGCGUUAGUGCUGCACGAAGGGACUGACGAUCUAGGAUUGGGCGGGCACGAGGACUCGCUGACGACGGGCAACGCCGGCGGGCGCGUGGCCUGCGGCGUCAUCGGCAUCGUGUCCCCUGGCGAACCUUGGGAGAACUCCGCUGUAACUACUGCGCCCUCGCUGUUAUUGAUGAUUAUGGCAUUCAUGUACUUUUUCAUCAAGUUCUAAAGAGUUUAAAUCAUUUAAACAGACAGAUCUUAUUGUAGCACGUACGAAAUUAACCUUUUAAUAUAUAUUUGUGUAACUUAGUUUAAAAAAAAUUUAAUCCCGGUUUUCUAGGCACCUAGGUACAUAAGUCUUACUAUAUAGGCAUUGGGAGAUUGACUCGUUGAAUUUGAAUGCUGUUCAAGUACUAUUUAUACAUAUGAUCUUUCAGUAUAUCCAUAGUAUACAUACUCAAUACCUACCUACGUGAGAAUCCACGUUUAUAUAGGGCUUACAUGUAUGCUUCAGUUAUAUUCGCCAGACAUAACACUCUAAGCCAAAUCUUGCAAUAUCUUAUCACUAAAACCAUUAUCAAUUUACGUGCAUCAAAUAAUGAGUGGAAUUGAUAACUUAAUCAAUAGCACUGUGUUUUAGGUUCGGUUUUUAUGUGAAUUGUAUU